AUGGAUAACAAUAUUGUUAUUAAAAAAUAAUGGUUCAUAAAAUCCUCAGCAACUAAAAUUGAAGAUGCAUAUGAAUUUGAUCAUAAGAAAGUAUUAAAAUCAAAUCAUAAUUUAAAGCUACUUGGUUAAGGAACUUAUGGUUAGGUUGUAAAAGCUAAACUAAAGGGAUCGAAAUAUUAUAGAGCAAUUAAAAUCAUACCUAAAAGCAAAGUUAGAAACCCUGAUCGUUUUAGAAGGGAGAUAGAAAUAAUGCGAAAUUUAGUAUUAUAUAUAUAAUAUAUAAAUAGGAUCAUCCAAAUAUUAUUAAAUUAUUUGAAACAUUUGAAGAUGUUAGAAAUGUUUAUUUAGUGAUGGAGUAAGAAUUAUAAUUAUUUAAGACUUUGUGAAGGUGGUGAACUAUUUGAUAGAAUUAUUGAUAAAGGUCAUUUUUCUGAAAAUGAAGCAAGAAUCACUAUUUUAUAAAUUAUGUAAGCUGUCAACUAUUGUCAUUAAAAUGGAAUUUGUCAUCGUGAUUUAAAACCAGAAAACUUUUUAUUAUUAACAAAAGCUGAUGAUUCACCACUAAAAGUCAUAGAUUUUGGAUUGUCAGUUAUAUUCCAUGAUAAUCAUGUUGAAAAGUUGACUUAAGGAAAAGUUAGUAUGACAACUAGAGCAGGAACACCUUAUUAUAUAUCUCCUGAAAUUUUAGAUGGUAAAUAUGAUGAAUCUUGUGAUAUUUGGUCAGCAGGAGUGAUACUCUAUAUACUUUUAUCAGGUGUACCUCCAUUUUAUGGAAAUACAGAUCCAGAAAUUUUGGAUGCAGUUAAAAAAGGCAUUUUUACAUUCAAUAGUAUUUAAUCAAAAUAUUCAUUUAGUUCCUGAAUUCAAGAAGGUUUCAGAAGGUGCUAAGGAUUUAAUUUCAAAAAUGAUAUGUAAACCAGAAAAACGUUUGAAAUCUCAUGAAGUUCUUUAACAUCCUUGGAUGAAAUAAUAAUAACCUGGAGGUUCAUUUUUAAGUGUUAAUUAUCAAUCUUUAAAGAAUUUUACAAAUUUUAAUAAAUUAAAAAAGGUUCUAAUUUUUAUAAAAUUAUUUUAGGUUACUUUAACUUAUAUAGCUUCUUAAUUAUCAGAAUAAGAAAUCUCAGAAUUAGGAAAAUUAUUCAAAUAAUUAGAUAAAAAUGGAGAUGGUGUUUUGACUAUGGAUGAAUUAACACAUGGAUUGACUGGUCUUAAGAAGGAGUCAUAAAAUGAAAUUAUGAGUGUGAUUAAAAGUAUUGAUACUGAUGGUUCAGGAACUAUCAAUUAUACAGGUAUAUAUAUAUAUUUGAAAUAUAUUAAUAAGAGUUUUUAGCAGCUACUAUAGAGAAAAGUGUGUAUAUGAAAUAAGAGAGAUUAUUUUAAGCAUUUAAGAUGUUUGAUUUAGAUGGUAGUGGAAAGAUCUCAAGAGAUGAGUUGAAAUAGGUUUUAGGAAGUAAUAAUUUUAAUGAUUUUAUAGAAAAUGGUUCUGGGUUUGAUGAUAAUACUUUUAAAGCUUUGAUUGCUGAUGCUGAUAAAGAUGGAGAUGGAGAAAUUGAUUACAAUGAGUUUAUAGAAAUGAUGGACAAAAUGAAAUCAUGAG